AUGGCCGCCCUGCCCGGGACCGUCCCGAGGAUGAUGCGCCCAGCGCCCGGGCAGAAUUACCCCCGCACCGGAUUCCCCCUGGAAGUCUCAACCCCCCUGGGCCAAGGCCGAGUCAACCAGCUUGGAGGCGUCUUCAUCAACGGGCGUCCCCUGCCCAAUCACAUCCGUCACAAGAUUGUGGAGAUGGCGCACCAUGGCAUCAGGCCCUGUGUGAUCUCUCGCCAGCUGCGGGUCUCCCACGGCUGCGUCUCCAAGAUCCUCUGCCGGUACCAAGAAACGGGAUCCAUCCGGCCGGGAGCCAUCGGGGGCAGCAAGCCCAGGGUUGCCACUCCAGACGUGGAGAAAAAGAUUGAAGAAUAUAAGCGGGAGAAUCCUGGCAUGUUUAGCUGGGAGAUCCGAGACCGGCUACUCAAAGAUGGUCACUGUGAUAGGACCACUGUCCCUUCAG